GGAAAAGGACAUCUUGCCUGGGACAGUUGUCGAAUCUGUCGUAAACAAGAUGAUCCUCUACUUCAAAGUCUCGAGCAUAUUGGCUCAACGGAUGGUCUGCCACUAUCAGGUUCAUACCCAUAAAUGGAUGUAGUAAUAGUACUCCAGCCCUUCCUGUAAUCAGCAAGUGAUCAGUACCACUGCAUUAAGAUGGACUCCUCCCCUCUUUGGACUAAGCAAUUAUCCUGAUGCUAUGAAUUGCUCCAUCAAUUAACUACUACUCUGUGAUACCCAGACUCGAGAUAUGCUUCCCUCUUACAACACUCUUGGUACAUUCUUGAGCAACGCCGCCGCCGCCGCCGCCAACGCCAACGCCAACGCAGCUGGUUUCAACCUGACCAUUACGAAAAUUACCUCCAGCUGCCACCAGUCCCCAGCGGGUACGAAAAUAAACCUGACGUCCUCAAAGUUGGUGGUGCAGAGCUGCAGUACAGGGGGAGUCCUCAUCAACAUAGACGGAGAUUCUUCUUACCCCAACGCGACCACCAGUGCUGUCUGUGGGAUGUCGGUCACAAUACAGGCUACAAGUAACAAAAACAGGAUGGCUGUGAUGUUUUACAGUAACAACGCCAAAAGCAGCAUGUCAGCUACUGCAACUGUUGUUGCAGCCUAAGAAACAAGACUGUAAAGGAGCAGUCUUGGUCAUGCCAGGUUCUUUGCAUUUUACCAAUAGGGGAUCUCUCAUUCCCGAUCCUCCAAGAAAGUCCUAAGAAGGAAAAUGGUACAUAAGGGUUUCUUUGAUCUUUGGUUAAAAAGCUGGUGUUGACUUCCUAGUGAUUAUGCUUUAAAAUCAAUUGUAGAUUACACAAACAAAUCUAGAUGAACAUGAUUUUGGUUACUUUUUCAAACUUGAAUGGUUUAAUGAAUGAACCAUGUGGUGUGAGGGCUUAGAAAUUAUGUGAUGACUUGAGGAACAAGAAUAAUAUUUUUGACUUGCAUAUUUUUGAUUGGUGGUGGAACUGGGUUUUAUGAGUACAGUAUUUUUCUUAUGGGCUUCUUAAGUCUUGAGAGGCACGUGCAAUUAUUUCAUUAUAGACUUAACCCGUAUAAGGUAUAUAUAAGUGAUUACUUAUAUAAACUCUGAAUGCAGUGUUAUUACAGAAAAAAAAUGUUAUUUUGCAAACAUUCCAAGUCUGCUUCUGUGGUUGACAGGGAUACUAUUUCAUGGUAGCCAGCCUCUGACCUAAUAUUAGGUCAGAGAGGGUGGCUACUAUGAAGCAGUAUUCCUGUUAACCACAGGAGUAGACUUGGAAUGUUUGUAAAAUAACCAAUAUUUGUUUUAGAAAAUUUCCCAAUAAAGAAUAGAAA